ACGCAAGAGAAGAGAAAGGAAAGUUAUGCUAUUUACAUCUACAAUGUUUUGAAACAAGUUCACCCAGAUGUCGGAGUUUCAAGCAAAGCUAUGAGCAUCAUGAACUCAUUUGUCAACGACAUCUUUGAGCGCAUUGCUUCCGAAGCUUCGCGUUUGGCUCUUCAAAACAAAAAGUCGACCAUCUCUUCUCGUGAAAUUCAAACCGCAGUACGUCUUCUCUUGCCUGGAGAACUUGCAAAACACGCAGUCAGUGAAGGAACAAAAGCCGUCACAAAAUACACAAGCAGCAAGUAAAC